AUGGCGAGCACCACGACGCCAUCAGGCACUGCUUCCCCGCAGCACAGGCGGGUGGGCGACCUGUUGACGCGAAAGGAGGCGGAGCGCAUUCGCUGGGAUCAUGUCCUUAAGCUGUGCGAGGAUGGCGUGACACUCGAAACUUUACAAGCAGCGGCGAACGUGCUGACCAAGGCCCACUAUGAUAGCGCAGUUGAAGACCGUGCCAUCUCCAAGCGCUGUGGCUACCCCGUCUGCGCUCGUGCUUUGCCACAAAAGCGCAAAGCCUUGUACAAGGUGCACCGGAAUGCAGGCGUCCUCCUCGACAUGCAAGAAGCCAACCAAUUCUGCAGCAAGCGGUGCUUUGCGGCAUCGCGGCAUUUGCGCCGGCAAAUCACGGGGAAGCCGCACCUCAUCGACAUUGUAUUGCCAGAGCCGAACAAGGAAGACACCCAGGCCGCAGAGCAAGGGGUAAUGGCACAGCCAGCCCUCACGUCAUCACGGCACAGUGGCAGCGGUCUAGCAGAUACAACCUCGCCGGAUCACGCCAUCUCAGAGCACCGCACCUCAGCAGCGCCGCCCGCGCCCCCAACGGGCGACGGUGGCGCACACAACGCAGUGGAAGGGUUUGACCCAGACACCUUUGACGAGAUGGCCGACAGGAUGCGCGCGCACCUCGCCCUUGCUCACUUGCGGCGCAGCGGCGGCAGCGGCAGCGGUGGCGAAAGCAACAGCAUGCGCCGCAGUGGUGAUGACGGCGGCGAUGGUGGCGAUGGUGGGGGUGGGGAUGACGUGGAGAUGAGUGCAGAGGAGCAGGACAUGUGGCGAAAGCACGAUGAGGCGAUGGCCAUGCUGGCGCAGAUGGAGAAGCAGCAGCGUGAGCAGCAGCAGCGCGCAUCCCUGGACAAGCUCGUGACAGAGCAGGAAGCGGAGGAGGAAGUGGACACGGACGGCGAUGAGGCAGACAAGAGGAUAGAGAGGAAACAAGGGGACAAAGGGAAUACAGAAGAGAUGCAGCAGGAAGGCCGGGGGCAGGACGAGAGCGAGAGCAAGGCGCGAGAAGACAAGGGGCAGGACGGGGAUGAGGAGGAGUAUGACAGCGACGAUAUUCCAGAGGAGGAGGAGGAGGAGGAGGAAGACAAGGAGGCGGCGGAGGAAGAUGACAAGGAUGACAAGGAAGAAGCGGGCAGCAGGAGGGAAGAGAGAGGCGAGGCGAAUCAUGCGGUUGUGACAUCAAAGGGCCAAAGCAGCGCCGUUGCCGUUGACGUUGGUCUUGCCCCUGAUACGCUCGCCUUUCUUCAUGGACACAGCCAACAACAGCAACAGCAACAGCAACAACGACCAGGGCCCACACGGCAGGAAGGUGUUGGCAGCGGUCGCCGGAUGUUGGAGGAUGGGGAGCGGGACAUUGGGUGCGACGUGAUUGAGCGGCUGCUGCCAUCUGUCGACUCGAUUGCGCAGCUCAACAGGCGCCGGGAGCUCUUCCUUGAACUGUUGCAGCAACGGGCUGCGCCGUUGGUGUCAUUCUUGAAGUUGGACACUGUGGCCGUUGCAGACAUCUUUCGGCGCAUCGUCAAUCACUUCCUAAUUCUGGCGGACUCGUUUGUGCUGUCGAAGCAAGAGUGGCCCAUGGUAUCGCUGUUGAUUGUGUGCAUUGCAGGACAUGUUGAUCCUCGCAUCAGGCAGCGGCUAGCACAGCGAGUGAAUGGGCAGAUGCUGUUGGAGCGUGCGUGUGUGCUGUUGCGCACAGACAAGGAGCAGCUGCAGGCGCUGUUGGCGCACUUCCGUAUCCAUGAUUACUUUGUACAAUUAUCGAAAUCGUAG